CACCCAACACCGCAAGGCUGAGGUGAGAAACUACGCAUGCCUUCUCGGCUUCUCUUUCGUUCUCCUGACCUUAUAAGCGCAACAUCUCGGUCGUCGCACUCGUCUGGUCUGGGAAUCAGAACCAAACGCCACCACGCGCACACGCCGGCUCACCGCACCGGUCGGCCGCGGAGUGAUCGUUUCACCGGGGCUCUGUUCGUCCGUCCGUGCUGCAAGUUGCUCUCAGGAUCAGUUUCUUUUAUGAGGCUUGGCUGCAUGGACGCGUCGAGCACGAGCGGUGGCGCGGGGGGCGGUCGUGGUAGGAGGUGGAAGGGCAAAGAGGUCACCCCCAUACAGCCGCGGCGGACGCUGGCGCCAGUUAUGGAGGACGCAUCAGCGGCAUUGCUGCGCCCGAUCAAGAAGAUUGGACGGGCGUCGGACCGCCUCCAUCGGUCUGCGUCGUCGCUCUCGACGUCUUUGUCGGCUCCGCCUUCCCCUCGCUCCGACGCCAUCUCGUCGACGUCGUCGCCGCCCUUGGCGCGCCAUAUCUUCCCGUUCGCGUACGAGCCCUCGACGCCGGUGGGUGGGAGUCCGCCGUGGCAGCACUCCAGCAUGUCGCAGCCGGCUUCGCCACAUCAGCAGAAGCCACAGGGGCCUUUGCAGCGUCAACAGAUGAUAUCGUUCGGCGCGCCACCUCAGUACCAGGAACAGUUCUUCGUGCCAGAGAGCGCGCAGCAACAACAGAUGCUGCUGCGGUACUGGAGCGAGGCGCUGAACCUGAGCCCGCGCGGCGGCCAGGCCGGCGUGCUGCCUUCGCUGUACCAGCAGCUGCUGCGGGCUCCGCCGCCGCCGCAGAAGCUGUACCGCGGCGUGAGGCAGCGGCACUGGGGGAAGUGGGUCGCGGAGAUCCGGCUGCCGCGGAACCGCACGCGGCUGUGGCUCGGCACGUUCGACACCGCCGAGGACGCCGCCAUGGCGUACGACCGCGAGGCCUUCAAUCUGCGCGGCGAGAACGCACGGCUCAACUUCCCGGACCGGUUCCUCGGGAAGGGCCACGCCGGGGGAAGCGGCCGCACCAGCGCUAGCUCCGCAGCCGCCUCAACCGCUGGCGCCGCGUCGUGCUCGUCGUGUUCGCCGUCGCCUCCGCAGACUCCUGACGAGGCAAACACGCAGCAAAAGCCGCUGCAGCAGGCAGAAAGAUCAUCGGACAAACAGCCACAGCCUCCGGUCGCGACGUCGUCGCAGCAAGAAGGCAGCUCUGGCGACACGGCCAUGCCAUACUCGGCUGAAAUGUUUCACGUGCCGGUGGAGGCUGGCAGCGAGUGGGGUCCGGCCGACGAGGCAUGGUUCAACACGUGGGGCCCAGGAAGCUCCUUCUGGGACUACGAUAUGGACAGCGCCCGCGGCCUCUUUCUCCACGGGCGCUUCGCCGGUGAUGAGGCCGGCAUGGAGCACUACAACGCACAAGAAACCACAGCGACACCAUGCGAUCACGUCCCGGUAACCCCUGCUUCUUCUUCCCCUCCCGACUCCCAGGCGCCACCAGAUACCUUCAUGGACUAAACAGCACAUCCUAAUAUACCUUGCUGGUCUCAUUCUUACUCCUGCACUCCGAUUUCCUGCAGAAAUAGCAUUAGCUAGGAUAUACAUGCACGCAGGUUUCAGGUUUUUAAGAUUACUUGCGCGCGGCAUCACACAGUUUCACAUCACAGCAGCAUUUCAGAACCAGUUGGCCAUGCCUUUGUUUGUCAAUCCUUUAUGCUGAAAACCACAAGGAAGCCCUGCUCUAGGCUGCAAUUUUUAGGUCAGCCUACUAGGGCAACCAGUCAAUUUCCCUCCCAUGUUCUGCAUCCUCUAGAGAUGGACUCCUGUGUUCGACUCUUCAAA